AUGAAAUGUGGAAAGUUGACCUUUGUUCAGACUUCUACUUGUCCUAAUGGACCUCCGAAAUGUGGUGUAUGGUUUCCAGUCUCAGUCACAGUAGACGGUCAAGACGUACAAGUGUUCCUCAGUGGGGUCUUGGUGGCCUCCAUCAAGUCCCAUUUCGCUCCGUGGGCCUGGGGAGGAGUUUUCACUUUUCAUGGUUACAAAAACGAGGUCCUCUUCAGGAAAUUCAUAAUUGCGCCUCAAACGUACAUCACUAAGAGAUGCAAAAAGGUGGUGAGAAACAUCUAUGACACAAAAGCGGUAAUUGACGCCAGUCAAUGACACAAUAAGAAAUUAGUAUCAUCAACGACUUUGUGUUACAAAGAUUCCAAAACCACUUGACGAGAAGUCUGCAAGUUCAUUGAAGAAGAAUCCCGAUUUCUCGAACCCUAGGUUUUUUGAAAUUUCGCGAUAAUUUGAACCAAAUUAAACCUACAGAUUACUUCUCUUCACAAGUCAAAACGUGUAAUUUCCACCGCGGAUUUUUCGAAUCUCCAGAUAGUUCGGACUAAUUGCCUUUUGCCAAGAUGGUUCGAAAAUUAGGGAUUCCUCUACACAAAUAAACUUAAAAACGUGUUCUCCAAAAGUGGCAUAACCAGUUUGGCUUUUAUUAAAUGCUGACUCAUUUUGCUUCAGUUAAAGGCCCAUUAACACGGCUGUAAAGAGGUCGGAUUCUUAGUUGCAAUCUCUAGUUUCAAUUUUUUAUUCUUUCGACUCGGGUAAUGUUUGAUAUCAAGUCUUAAGCACAUUUAAAAAUCACUCAAAUAGUUUUUAGUACCCUUUAAUUGUUCUGUAAAGCUUCAAACAUAGCUCACGCCAUGCUCGGAUCGGUCUCCUUAAUUUAUGGGUUUAAUUUUACUUUUCCGACGAGUGUUCCUGCGUUCAUACGGGAGUUUACCAUCUUCCCCAAGAAGAGUGAUAAAGAAGAAUUUUCACACAUGAUUUUACUUCACGACAUACACGUAAUUUUAAUGUACCGACGCAGGUUGAUGAGCUACCUGGAUACACUAGAGUGGAUACUGCCCAUGGACAUUGGCCGCAGGAUGGCCUCUGUCAAGUAGCUUACCUUAGAGACGGCUGUACAUCAAGUUACCAGCUCUCAGUCGAUAUGUACAACUUCAUUGGACGUGGAAGAGUCAACUAUGGUCACCCAGGAGUGUUGUUAAACGCCGAAGAUCAAGACAACUAUGAUUACGUCUAUUUUAGGUUUGUUGCAAUUUAUACUCGCGUAAGAGCGAAGUUGUCACUAUUUUGAUUUCAGACCAGAGCGACAAUCUGAAUUUUUCAAAACCUUCUUACGACCAGUUCCGUUUACGGAAAUGAUUUCGGGGUAUUAGAAAUUCUAUGUAUGUAUGGGGAGUGCUAUAUUAACUGACAUGUUUUCGUGACUCAGUUUUGUAAUAAGCUUUUUAGGUCUUAUAAUCGCAUUCGCUUAAUUUUAUGUAUUGUUUCUUUUUAUUUCCCAGGCCUCAUUCAUCCAGCGGAUGUUUUCAGACAGGUUACGUUUACAAAGGUCAACCAAAAUUUGACGGAGCUAAGUCCGCCUCUUGCCCCAACGGUCCCCCCAAGGGAGUAGAAUGGUUCAACAUCAGGGUGGUUGUGUCGAUCUCCUCUCCUGCCGGGGAAGUGAAGGUCUACAUCAAAGGAACAUUUGUGACGUCAUUCAACCCGCGCUAUCCAAUCAGAAAACGUGGUGGUGUCUUGGUUGCCAAUGGUUACAACAAUGUGGUGUAUUACAAGAACUUUAAGUUUUUAUAAAGCAGUCAGUGUUUCUUCAAUUUAACAAGAGGCUUUUCAUAUAAAGCAAAGAAAACAUUGGACUGGAUUUAUAGCUCGUUUGUCACUUAAUAACUUUCUAUUCUAAAAUAUACUUUUUCUUCUUAUGUCAUAGUCAAAAAACAAUAAACGGACAACUUUUGCCAAAAAACAGUUUGACUUUGUGUGGAUUCAUUUGCAACAUACGCGUAUAGCUCUCGCAUUUCCAGCUGAAAUUUUUUGUUUUUAGGCUUAAAAACGAUAAAAAAUUCCAGCGGGCAAAUGCGACAGCUAUAAGCGUAAGUUGCAAAUGAAUCCACCAAUUAUAAGUAAGCAAGUUAAAACUGAAUAUACUAAUCAUCCUAAAAAGCCAAUUACCAAACAUCAGUAACUGUAGGCUCAUUAGCCAAUGAGAAGGCAGGUACUUGGUACAAUGUCUAAUAAUGGCAGUUAAUGGUUAAGUCCCUGUUGGUGCCAGCAGUCCAGUUGAGAUUACCCUGGGUACAAGAAAGCUUCGUAGGCCACAGUCCGAUACGCCUUUAUUAUAAGGACUUGACCAAAACCAGAAACUGCGUAUGAAAAGCCUCUGCCACCCGGGGUAAUUUGAGAUUCGAAUCUCGUCAAAUCUGCGACCUCCCCCUUGGAAAACUGACCCUUCUGCGCGCGUUUAGUAAGCUAACUGGGCGUAAUCAACACGUGUUAACGCGCGCGUUUAGUACUGGCGCUAGGUUUUCACUGGUAGAUGGAAUAUACUAGAAGGAUUGUUUCAGUAGAGAUAUUCAUUAUGUAAGAAACGUCUAAGCUACAGUUUAUUUGCUUCAUUGCCCCGACUAUUCAGAAAAGCAUGCGUUACGUCUCGCUAAUUGUGUUGGCUUUAUUGCUGGCGAAAGUUGGCGGCGCAAAGAACCAAUGUUCGGUAGCCAAGGUCUGUGGCGCACUAGAUAACGUCUCGCGGCAGCAAGAUCUAAUUGGAAAAAAAGUUAACGCGAUACUUGGCGGCAGUUGUUCUGAAGCGGGUGAGUUUCACGAAUGUCUUUAAAUUUCUUUUUCAUCGAUCAAUGCCCACAAAAAUUCGAGGAGUCUACAAGUGUACAUAUUAAAUUUUGUGUAACUUAUACUGACUUUUUUGCACAAGAGUGACCUCAAUAUAUUCAUCGAGGCAAAUUUUUAUUCCUCUGAGGCAACCUUAUGGAAGAUCUUGACGAUUUAUCAUAUUUUUUGGUAAUACUUUUAGGCCUUAAACUGCUUGAACAGCUAGGUUGAUCAUCAGAUUUAUCGCGGCAUCGUUUACAGGAUCACAUCUAUCAAUCAUGUGAAUAAUUUCAUUCGCACUUUAUAGAUGAACAGAUUAAUAUAUUUAUUUCAAUUUGAAAAAUUGAGGUAAGCUUAUAUUUGGCAUGUACUGACAAUUUCCGACACUAUAAUGACAAAAAAAGAAGUCAUGAACUUAUUAAGCUGUUUUGAAGUUAAGACCACUAUCAACAAAGGGAUUUUUUCAAGUGAAGGCUGAUGGAAACCACAUUAAAAAAAUUGAACCUGGCGAAAGAUAGCGCUUAGUUGUAUAGGGCUCGAAGAGUCAUCCUGCCUUUUGAAUCUAAAUACGGUGGCCAAUUUACCUGGUAAUCAAAUCGGCAUAACGGUAACAAAAUUAGCAAAAUAGUCAUGUGUAAGGUUGGGAAAUAGAGCUGAUCACUAUAAAAUGUAAAAUAGGCUCAGCGGAAGUGGAAAUCAAACAUGAAAAUAUGACAACUUGACGGUGGGUCACAGCUCAAUGAGCCGCAACUAUAUCUUCUUGUCUAAGAGCUUAACAUCUUUUCAUUUUCUUGUUUAAAAAAAAAAUUAUUGACUCAUUUCCAACUCUAAGUCUCUGAUGAAGAAAUUUGUCAUUCAGACAGCGCAUUCACAGUAAGGUACUCACACUUCACAGUGAAGGACGGAAGCAAAUACCACUUUAUUUGCGAGUUUAGGGUUGAUGAAUUAUUAAAAUGCCCUCUUCGCUCUGAAUGCAAAUGCAAAAACAUACUGUCUUCAAAAUAAAGUGAAGUGUAACAAGGCAAAAUUUUCUUCAGAACUUACCAUCGUCAAAUAGUGACAUGGUAGGGAAUAGAUUUACACGAAUAAACUCCGCAUCCAAUUAGAACAAGGCGUUGUUUAUUCUAGGGUAAUAUGAAAAAACUAGGUACAACUGUUUGGUUUUCACAGUCUAUCACCAUCCAGACAAUUAAUACGAUUCUACCUCAGCAAAAAAGAGAGACAAAGGAACUCUUAACAUUUUUCUGUUUUGCCCUGAAGAUUCUCUCUUGGUUUUGCAUAACACAGUACGUAGAACCCUGAUAACUCGAACUCUGAAGGAAAAAAAAAAACAGUUGCAGUUAGCGAGGGUUCGAGUUAUCGAGAUCGAUUGAAUCUUCAAUUUCCCACUUUACUACUGAAUGUUUGUUUACUGACAUUUCAGCACUUCAGUAUACAGCAGAUUGCCAGCAGAAUUGUAACGCGAUUAUGCAUUUCUAUGACAUUUCUAUGAUAAAACACUAGGGAAAUGACUGUCAAAUACGUGAUCCGUUCGUUGCACUUGCUAUAUAAGAAAAAAUGUUGUUGUGUUACUUUUAGGGAUUUUACCGAUUGCACGACAAGAAAAAGCCAAUGGGGUGGCAUCCUUGGUGAGUUCCAACGACCAGAAUUCAGGGGCACCCAACAACUGUUUUCUGUAAAAUAUCUGUUCGGGGAAGCAAAUAUUGCCUAGAAUUUUCUAUUACUUGAGGACGGCUACUAGCUACUAGUAGACAAGUUUCUAGAUGACCGUUCUAUUCAUGCACAAUUUUCGAAGCCUAUCUAAUAAAUUCCUACGAUUUUCUGAAGUUUUAUUUUCACAUUUUAUUACCCAGGAGAGGCUAUUUUUUUGUAGAAUAAAAGAAAACCUCAAGUUUUUGUAUUAAAAAAUGUGCAUGAUGGAGAGAGGAAUCACAAAAAUUCUUACCUUCGUAAUACGUUAAAUUGCAUUUAAAAUUUUCGGGAAAAUAAUACUGAAGACCUUGUAAUUUCGAAAAGAAUCAAGUUUCCGGCCCUAGGAUGACCGAACAGAUACAAAUUUUAUAGCGCCACUUAGAAUACAUUUCUAGAUAUAUAUCUAAAAGUGCUUUGGAUAGUCUAAAAAGUGUUUUCAAUGAAUUUAGAAGGAAACCGUCGUUGGCUACCCCUUAGAAUUCGAGUUAUCGAGGUUAAUUUUGAUCAAAAGAAACGACAUUUAGUUCGAGUUAGUGGGGAAUUCGAGUUAUCCGAGUUCGAGUUAUCCAAAAGAGAAAUGAAAGUGACUGAAAAGUAGGGUCAAAUCCAAGGGAGGUGGGGCUUAGGGAGUUCGCGUUAUCCGAGUUCGAGUUACCGGAGUCCUGCUGUAUUUACAAAAGACCUUAAGUGUCUAAUUUUAUUAUCAGCAAUUUUAUAUACGGAUUUUUGAAAUAAAUACUGUCCCCCAAGAUAAGCCGCGGAGUUUUUCCAAUAAAUACGGUAUAUCAGCCCCUUUUGUAAGCGGUUCAAUUAAUUAUUCACUUCCUCUCUUUUUGGGGCCAAAUAGGUUAUUCGCGGACAGAGUGAGAUCUUAUAAAUUGUACCGAUUUCCUCCAAUAUCCGAGUUAAGAAACGAACCAAAAAGAGACUUGAAUACAGGUCCAAUUAAAUAGCUUUUCAUCGAAAAUAGAAGAAGCGCUGGCCCUAGCUUUCAAUAAGAGCGUCACGGAGCGAAAAAUAAAGCAAGGGUGGGGUUUUCCAAAGUUUUUCGUGGUUUUUAAACAUGUCCUUAGGAAGUCAUUGUUUCCAAGUUGCUCGAAUUUUGCGGCUAAGUUUCAUCGGUGGAUUUACGCAGCGUAUUCAGUCGAACGAAACCGAACCAAAACUCAGCCUUUAUCCAUCGCUUUAUCCAUCAGAUCGCUUCCAGAAUUGUAGUUUUACGCUGGGUUUCACUCUUUCCGCUCUCUCCCGGCAACAUCUUACCUUUGUUCUCGUGUUUGAAAUUGACGCUAACACAUAACUUACUUGUUAACCGCAACGACUUGUGUGAAACUUAGAUGAAACUCGUUCUGUGUUCAGUUUUUGAAACUUCGAUUUUUGAAUUUUUCAUUAUGGUCGAUAGCUAAAGUUUUCUAUUUCCGAACGUUCGAUUGUGUUCGAUUGGUAAAAUUUGAGUGGGUUCGACUAUGUUUGAUUACCAAACCCAAUAGACAGCCCUGAAUAGAAGUCAAUCGAACGAUUGGAGUUUGAUUGGGUCGAUCUUUUAUCCAACGUUCGAUUGACUACGCCGGAAUUUACCACCAAAAAAAUAUGUCUAGGUCAGAUGCGCCGCUACAGUAAGCGGUGCAUCAAGACUGGCGAUUCGAGAAGACUCGAGAAAAUCGCAAUGAAAGUCACCACGAAUUCGCACGGAUCACCGUUUCAAUAAAUUGGACUUCUCUGCCACAAUCUCUUUCGGGUCUUCGUGGGUGAGGGGGCUGGGGGGUUGGGGGCAACUUGCCUAUAGCGCUGAUUACCAAAGUUGCAGAGCGAGUAAUAGCCUGCGAAAUGCAGACGCAUUUCCGGUCGCCGCUUCGCUCCCUCCGAAAAUAGCGUCUGGGGGGCUAUUUUUCGUAGGGAGAGAAGCGAAGACCGGAAAUCCGUCUGCUGCUCGCAGGCUAAGCGAGUAAGGGCACUUUUUGUCCGUCCAAAAAAAGUACGAUCGCGUAAAAUAAACUACAUUGAGAUCAUUAAAGCUUAAAGGAAGAGGCGUCAAAGGAGAUAACGAGGUAUAUUAUGUUAGUGCUGGUGAGUUAGGCUACUUUAUGACUCAGUACAACCUUUCUAUCGAUACUGCAAAUCAACAUAUCUUUUCUACUUUAGAGAUAAGCUCAAGAAAAUUAAGGUAUGGGUCUUCUAUUUAAUUCCUCAAAAACGGGGGGGGAGGGGGUGGUCUAACUUCUUCAGCUUUCAAUAUAGUACAAAACAACUUAAGGGAGACUUCCUAAAAUAAGAAGACGCCUGAAGGCGUUUACGCGGGAUGUGUUGGUAUAAGAAAGAAUUACCGGUAUGUUGAAUGGCGAUGAAAAGUUGAGUAGUGUAUCAACAACAAAUGUGUGCAGGAGAGACGUAAUCUGCUACACCCGGGCCUCCAAGUUCCUAACCCAAAUUAAUAAAUCAGUGAACUGCUAGUUAAUUAUUAAAAAUUAAACAAAUUAUUUUCUGAACAAGUCAAGCAGGAUUUUGUGAAUAUUUUUUCAUGAAAAGACACAUCCUUUGACCUCCCGAGCGUCCGACCAAAAACCCCGCGCGUCAUAUGAAAGUAAGUUUUCGCGCCAUAUGAGAAACAUGGGCAGCGCCGCCUAAUAUUUCAUGUUUUUUAAAUGGAAAAGUAAGAUUCUGGUCUGUUUAUGUAUUUUUUACAAAACUUUUUGGGUAAAAAAUAAAGGCACUUUUAUUUUUUCUAAUCAUUUUUAUUUAGGUUGAAAAGAAAAUUCGCUUAAGAUUGACUGAGAUCCCGCGGACCGUGGAGCUUUCCGGGAAUCGGUGAAAUGUUCAGGACAAAUAAGCUUUUAGCGGAUUCGGUAGCAAACUAGCUCUACUUUGACCGCUAAAUUUAGCUUUUGCGUAUUUAUUUUUAGUACGUGAUACGUAUUUUGACUUGUCACGACACAAAAGACAAUGCGGGACCUUAUAGGUUUAUACCCCAUUCUAUUACAAUCACAAUAAUAGUCGUCUCUUUUCCUUUGUAUACAUCGUAUUUUGCUGGAAUAACAAGUUAUGUUUUAGCCUCGCAGACACACCAGUGAAAAACAGGUAAAAAUAUUAAUUAACAUGAAAGAGUGACCCCCGUGUUUAUUCAGCGAUUUUUUUAAAAUACAAAACUAUUGUUUUGGGUCGCCGACCGUACUUUACCCCUGUAAGAGCACAAGUAACAAUUUCCUAAUGAACAGUUCUAAUUUGGAGAAAAAAUUUCAAUGUUAUUUUGGAAAGCUGUUAAAAUCGAAAGCUGUGCAGCUUGUCACGUUAAUAGUAGAAGUCGAGUAGUCCCCAUUUUUCCUCAGGGAUAGUAGAGCAAGCGGAACGCGAGCGCGCUUGAAAUCACCCCACGCCUUUCUCGCGUGAGCUGUUUUCAAGGUUUAUUACUUCGGCGGAGCGCGAAGUAAAGGAUUCGCGACGCUCGUUGACCUUUUUGGGACAGGAUUGGCCACGCAAAGUCUGUUUUCGGUUUUAUUCGGCUAUUUGACGAAGUGAGAGCCGAGUUAGUUCGAGAUAUCUCGAGAUCACAUCGAUUUCUUUGUUUCAUUCUUCAACUUAUUCGAGGAAGAAAGAAUUGUUAUUUUGGCUUUCCCGGGGUUUGAACCGACUCACCUGUGCGACCCGUCAGAUCAGAGAAGACUUUACUGCGCUUCUCCCAAACACGCUAACUCUAAAGUUCAAAAGCCGCCUUCACAAUUCCGUUUUUCGCUGCCGUCAAUCAUAACUACGACCACAAGCAACGAACCUUGAAACUCAGAAACACACAAAACGGAUCCAAAUCCAUCAAUCACAAACCAUGACCUUUUGAAACAGUUAAAGUAAAGUUUUGUUUCCUAAGAGGUCCGUUAAGGUGAUUGACGGCAGCGAGAAACGCAAUCCGCGUCAGUUGGCUUUUGAACUUCAGAAUUCGCAUUUUUGUGAAAAGCGCAGUAAGUUGAGGGAUUAGCCGAUUGCCCUACUACGACCCAAGGUAAUUCGCUAUAUGAAAAAUAGCUAUGAAACUAUGCACUAGUUUCGGGACAUGAUUGAGAGUGCAAGUUCGCGACUUUUCGGCUUUGUUUUUCACGAAAUGAGACCGGACUACUUCGAAUAAAACGAAAAAAGCCGUCGAGAAUACAACAUCAUGCCCGAGGUUUUCUCCUUUUUUUUCUCCCCAAGGGAGAAAGCUGGGUCACAAAGUGGAAUACCUGAAAAGGAAAACUACUACCCUUCCCCGAUCCUUGAAAAUGCUUUCUUAAUCAUCAACAAAUAGGCAAAGCGCGUAAAUUUUUGCUUUUAUGUCCUUGAAACAGACAAAUUCUCAGUAGCCGCUGUAGUGGACUGUACAAGCCUGGUGAAAUCAUUUCCAGUCAAUUUAUACUACACGCUCAACACACAAGCCACCCUCUAUCAGUUGUGCUGAGUCCUCGCUCAUCCUUCUGAAGAAUCGCAGACGUAUACCGUGUCAGCGGAGCUCUUAAACAAGGCCGGAUGGAGAGGAAUACACAGUGGACAUCUGGGAUUGCUGUUUAAUGUUGUGGAUGAAUACAACUUUGAUUUCGUUUACUUUAGGUAAAUUUGUUAGCUCACAGACCUCUCAAAGUUCACUCAAUGAAUAGCUGGAGGUUGGGGGGGGGGGAGGUAAAAUUGUGGAGGAAUGGGGGUCAAUGAUAAAACUAUGAGUAACGUCGGGUGUUUGUUGGGGUUGCGGAAACCAUUGUUGGUUCGCGUUUGUGUUGCGAUUUUGAUAUUGUUGAGUUUCUUUUCCUUCUUUUGCAUUACGUCAUUAGGUGAUUGCACCCGUCCACAACACCAAGAAACUACUGGAACGUUGUUGUCCUUGCUUUUCAUGAUUUAAACAGGAUAGCUCUCUAAAAAGGAAGCGGUUUCAACCAUGGUGUUGUAAUUAUGAGUCAUCUUCGUCCCCAGGUUUUUUUUUUUUUCACGGUCCUGGGCUACGAGGUUGAAUAUGAGUCACUAGAAUUAUUAUGUCAAAAUAAAGUGCACAAUUCAGUGCUGGAUCCAUACCUUGAGAUAAGGAGGGGGCGCGGUCACUUCAUACAUACAUACAUGUUUUUUAUUUGGAGUUUUAUACAAUAAAUAGUCAGUGUCAACUAUUUCCAAAUAACUAAAAUUACAAACAACAAAAAAUUCCUAACCAUAUAUGGCCAAUAAGUUAUUGAGUAUUUACUUUUUGCCGUCUUCCCCGUUCCAUUUUUUCAAAGCAUUCGAACAUAUGUUUUGCUAUUAGUUUUUGUAUUUUAGCAUUUCCGCUAGGGGGGUUUAUUAGAAACAUGAAUAUUUUGUUAGGUGACAUUCUGCUUAUUUUUAUUCUAUAUUUUUUUCCAAAUAAUCUUGUAACGAACAUCUUUUUUCCUGGUAAGCAGGGCAUAUAUUUAGAAAAUGGUAUUCGUCCUCCAUUUCUAUUUUACAAAUUGGGCAAACUCUUUCUGCAGGUUUCUUAAACGGUCUCGAAUAACGUCCUGUCUCUAUGGCUAAUUUGUGGUUGCUAAGAAGCAAUUUUGUUAGAGCUAUUCUGUGUCGCGUAUAGGUGACCUGAUGUAGGUAAUCUUUACAUUUGUAAUUGUCUAUCAUUUUGAACAACCGGUAGGUUCUCAUUUUGUUGCUGUGGUUAGCAUCUUUUCUGGUGUCGUUAUUUAUUUCACUUAGCCAUCUUUGUAGUUCGAUAUCCUUAAGUCUUUGCCUGAUCAUGUUUACGAUUCCUAUGUCCGUAUAGUGUGCUUUCACCCAGAGUUCUCCUACUCCUAUCUGUUCCAAUAAGAUUUUGUUUCUGUUGCUCCAGAGAGCUUUAUUUUCAUUCCAUUUAAUGUCAUUGUAUGCUAUUUGGGAUAAUCUGUUUUCAUUUUUAGUUAAGGUUAACCAGAACUUAAAGUUCCUACAUUGGGCUUCAAUUCUUAUUGCGAACAUUCCUGUCUUAGCCCUGCACGCAUUGUUAUUGCAGUAUUUAUUAAUUCCCAGCAACCACUUUAGGAAUUUAUUUUGAACCAAUAUUCCGCUGGAUCCUUUUCUAAUUGUCUAUUGAAGUCAAUCCCGCACACUUCACUCGCACAAAAGAGUAUAGGAGCGGAUCACUGCAUCAAAUAACUCCAUCGUUAAUUUUAUAUUUUCUCUGUUGAAGUGGUUUCCCAUCUCUUUUCGUAAUUUAUAGAGUGCUUUAAGUGCAACUUUCUUCUGCUCUUGAAGAACGAGAUUAAAGUUUCCAAAAGGACUCAUUAUGAGUCCAAGAUAUUUGUAGGAUUUGACUUUUUCCAGUUUAUCAGCGCCGUAUCUGGACAAGUAGUUGUUUGAAGACUUACCACAGUUAUUAAAAAUCUUAAUUUUUGUCUUGCUGAUCUAGAGAAGAUCACUAGAUCGUCCGCAUAUAAGAGACAAUUUAUAUAUUUAUCACUUAGCAUAAUGUUGGUUGAACUCGCCGUAUUUCGGAAUUUUGGUAGAUCACUUAGAUAGAAAUUAAAAAGAGUGGGUGACAACAUGCAACCUUGCUUUACCCCGCCAUGACAAGUAAAGGAUUCGGUUAAUUUGUUAUCAAUUUUAACUGAUAUCCAGACCUUUAGAUAAGAGGGGUCUCCCAAAAACAUUUUUCGGCCCUUAGGGCUCAGUUUGGUCCAAAAAUAAGAAUCCACGACUGCAAUUAUUUGACUUUUUUUGCAAAGUGUAACACGUAACCUUGCCUGUUGCAUAAUGAGCGCAGAUGAAACAAUUGUAAAUUCCAGCAUGUUUUCACUUCCGUUUUCCUCCUUCCCAUCAACCCAAAUAAAGACGUCUAAGGACGAGUCAGUGCCUGAAAGUCAACUAAUCAAAAGCUACUGGAAUGUAUAAUUUCGAUUUUGUGAAAAAAAAAAAAAUAAAAAACUAGCGGACGGCAGGAAGAAGAGGAUGGCAAAACGUUUGUGUGUGACAAACCUAACAAGGCUAUUACCUGCGUGUUUUGUCGUGAUCUUCACUUAACAUUAAUGUUUUCUGGUCUUUUACAAAAAGAUCUGUUUGAAUGAAGGUGAAGUUUGGCGGAAGGUUUUUUCCGAACAAAAUUACUGUCACGUUUUUCACACAAAGAUUGCCGCCUUCUUUCCUCUCCCGUCCUGUUGCGUAAGUUCAGUAUUGGUUCGGAAAGGGGCGUUGUGCUGUACGCAUGCAUCAGUUAACCAAUUGACUUACUGAUUGCAAAAUACCCUACAACUUACUAUUCAGACCUCACUCUUCCGGUGGAUGUUAUCAGACUGGAUACCUGGCCAAUGGCAAGAUGACGUGGGUCAAGAGUGCCGCGUGUCCUAAUGGACCUCCUAAAGGUGGUGCAUGGUUCCCAGUCUCAGUCACGGUGCACGGCCAAGACGCACAGGUGUACCACAGUGGGGUCCUGGUGGCAACCAUCAAGCCCCAUUUUCCUCCUAGGGCCUGGGGAGGAGUGUUCGCUAAUAACGGUUACAAAAAUGUGAUCCUCUUCAGAAAGUUCAAAACUGUUCCUAUCAUUUACGUCAGCAAGAGAUGCAAACGCGUGGUUGACUGGCCAGGAUACACUAAAGUGGAUGCUGCCCACGGACGUUGGCUGCUGGAUGGCUUCUGUCGAAUAGCAUACCUUAGAGAUGACAGCACAUCAAGUUACCAGCUCUCAGUCGAUAUGUACAACUUCAUGGGAAGGGGGGGAGUCAACUAUGGUCACCCAGGAGUGUUUUUAAACGCCGAAGAUCAAGACAACUAUGACUUUGUCUAUUUCAGGUUUGUCGCAAUUUAUACACGCGUAAGAGGGAAGAUGUCACUAUUUUGGUUUCAAAUCUGAGCGACAAUCUGAAUUUUAAAAAACCUUCUUAUGACCAGUUCAGUUUACGGAAAUGAUUUCGGGGUAUUAGAAAUCUAUGUGAAGAUAAGGAGUGCUAUAUUAGCUGAAACAUUGUUUUCGUGGCGUGGUUAUGCAAUAAACCUUUUAGGUUUGAUUCCAUUUGCUUAA